UGACAGUUCAUCCAGAUGUCAAAAAGAGGACUGAUGGAAAAUUUUAAACCAAAAUUGUUUGUAUAAAAUACAUUUAGUAAAACGUUGCGUUUAAAAUCAAUUUUAAUUUAAAAUUUCAAUUAAAAUUAAAAUGGAUUCAAGGCAAACAUGUCCUGCAAGUUCAUCCAGUGCCACUACAACACAAACGGAAAUUUUGCCAGCAACAACACCGACUGAUCAAACCAAUAACAGUAAUGAACCCGCAACACUUCGAUUACGAUUGCAAACCGGAAAUACAGAGAAAAAAGUUAGCUUUAAUGCAGGAACAGUCGACAAUGAACACAUGAACAAGAAGAAAUCGAAAUGUUGCUGUAUUUAUCGAAAACCAAUGGAAUUCGGCGAAAGUUCUUCGGAAGAUGAAGAUGAAUGUGAUAAUUGCUUUGGUCAUGUCGAAAAUAAGAAGAAAAAGAAAUCCAAGGAUCCGCAUGAUAAAGUGCCCGAGUCUGAGUAGACGACCACUGUAACAGAAUGGUGCUGAUGACAUUUUAUAAUCUUUAGUCAAUUAGACAGUUUAUCGUACACACACACACACACAUCCUACUAACAAUAUUUAUUUGAUGAUCCAAAUGUUUCCCAUUAUCAAAGAUGUGAAAUACAAGAACUCUAUCAAAAAUCUAA